CUCCACACCAUCAGAAGGACUAGGUAGGAAUAAACCGAGAAGAGAGAGAAAUCAAAAUAUUAUCAUAAUAAUUUUCAUUAUUGCAGAAGUAUAAAUGUAUAAUCUCUUUUCUUAUUUCAAAAUAGUUAAUAGACCAAUGCAAUUCUAAUAUAUAUAAGCACAAGCACAUAUCCGUCAGAUAAGCCACCGCAUUCAUUAGACUUCUAACAAAAGCUCUCUCUCUCUCUCUCUCUCUCUCUCUCUCUUCUCUCUCUCUCUCUCUCUCGUGCUUUCCUGCUUUGCAAGAGCUGCAAAAAUGGAAGGUGGGAAUGAGUCUAAGAAAGGUCUUUGGACAGUGGAGGAGGACAGAAUUCUGACGGAUUACAUCAGGGUGCAUGGCAAAGGCAAGUGGAAUCGUGUCAAUAAAGUCACAGGAUUGAAGAGGAGCGGCAAAAGUUGCAGAUUAAGGUGGAUGAAUUAUCUAAGUCCCAGCGUGAAGAGAAGUGACUUCUCGGAGGAAGAAGAUGAUCUCAUCAUUCGACUCCAUAACCUCAUUGGCAACAGGUGGUCUUUGAUUGCUGGCCGUGUUCCUGGGAGAACUGACAAUCAAGUCAAGAACCAUUGGAACAGUCAUUUGAGCAAGAAGCUCGGUGUCGGUUCAAAAAGAGGAAAGACAAAAACCAAGACUUAUUCCGACUCAAAACGAGCAAAAAAUAAUUUCUGCAUACCCUCAUCAGAGUCAAACUCCGAGUUGCAACCACUUCCUAAUUCCGAUUCCAAUUCCAAUAUUUCUGGUGAUCAUGAAGCUGCAGCUACCAUUGAUGGAUUUGAUGAGGAAAUGAUGAACAUCCAGAACCACAUUGGCUCUAAAAGUGAGGUUGGUUUUUGUGGCAUGUCGGAGGUGACGAUGAUGAGUAAUGACUACUCAUUUUGGUUUCACAAUGAUGACCUUAAUCCAUAUAGCCCUUAUUUAUCUGACCCUACUCUGGAUGAUUACUACCCUUUUCAAUUUGAUAAUUAUUUGUAAACUUUGUUAUUAUAUUUUGCAUAUCUUAAUUCUGUAUUUACACUAAUUCAAUAAUCUAAAUUAUAUUUUGUUAAAUA